UUUGUGCCUCUUUCCUUCCCGCCCGCCCACUAGCCCCUGUGCCGGGCGGAUUGAAUGAGAACGGCCUUUCCUCGCCGCUGCAGCCGCCGUCAUGUCGGGCACCCCUCGCGGCGCAGGCCUGCCGCCUGGCUCCUCACCCUCGACGCCGCUCUCUCCAACGCGCAUCUCGCGGCUGCAGGAGAAGGAGGAGCUGAGGCAUCUCAAUGACCGCCUGGCCCACUAUAUCGAGCGCGUGCGCGCCCUCGAGCUCGAGAACGAUCGCCUGCUCUUGCGCGUCUCGGAGAGGGAGGAGGUGGUCACGCGCGAGGUAACUGGGAUUAAGGCGCUGUAUGAGUCAGAGCUGGCAGAUGCCCGUAGAGUUCUCGAUGAGACAGCAAGAGAGAGGGCAAAGCUCCAGAUCGAAAUAGGAAAACUAAGAGCAGAGCUCGAUGAACUCAAUAAGAGCUAUAAAAAGAAAGAUGGCGAAUGGUCCACAUCUCAGGGUCGCAUCAAAGAGCUUGAAGUCCUCUUCCACAGAAGUGAAGCAGAACUCACAGCCACCCUGACUGACAAGCGCAACCUGGAGGCAGAGGUGGCAGAUUUGCGUUCCCAACUGGCUAAGUCAGAAGAUGCCCAUGCGGUGGCCAAGAAGCAGCUGGAGAAGGAGACACUGAUGAGGGUGGACCUGGAGAAUCGCUGCCAGAGCCUGCAGGAGGAACUUGACUUCAGGAAGAGCAUUUUUGAGGAAGAAGUGAGGGAGACCCGGAAGCGGCAUGAGCGCCAGCUAGUGGAAGUGGACAGCGGCCAGAAGCAGGACUACCAGACCAAGAUGGCCCAGGCCCUGGAGGAUUUGCGCAGCCAGCAUGACGAGCAGGUCCGACUCUACAAGCUGGAGUUGGAGCAGACUUACCAGGCCAAGCUGGAGAAUGCCAAGCUCUGCUCCGAUCAGAACGACAAGGCUGCCAGCGCCGCACGGGAAGAGCUGAAGGAGGCCCGCAUGAGGAUAGAUUCUCUCAGCUACCAGCUCUCCGGCCUGCAAAAGCAGGCGAAUGUUGCAGAAGAACGAAUCCGGGAGCUGGAAGAGCUGAUGGCCAAUGAGCGAGAGAAGUUCCGGAAGAUGCUGGAUGCUAAGGAACGGGAGAUGACGGAAAUGCGGGACCAGAUGCAGCACCAGCUCUUGGAGUACCAGGAGCUCCUGGAUGUCAAGCUAGCUCUGGACAUGGAGAUCAGUGCUUACCGGAAGCUUCUGGAAGGAGAAGAGGAGAGGUUGAAGCUGUCUCCCAGCCCUCCCCCCCACAUUACUGUCUCCCGGGCCACCUCCAGCAGCAGCAGCAGCAGCACUUCCGUUGCUCGUUCAUCCCGAGGGAAGCGCAAGCGCAUUGAGGCAGAGGAGCUGUCCGGCAGCAGCUCCAGUGGGAUUGGGACCGGGAGCAGCAGCAGCACCGCCAGCAGCGCCUUCCAGGUUUCCCAGCAGGGUUCAGCCAAAGGGAGUGUCAGCAUUGAGGACGUAGACCCAGAAGGAAAGUAUGUUCAGCUGAAGAAUCGCUCCGACAAGGACCAGUCUCUUGGUAACUGGAGACUGAAGAGGAGGAUUGGAGAUGGAGAAGAGAUUGCUUACAAGUUUACUCCAAAGUAUGUUCUCAGAGCUGGACAGACUGUUACGAUCUGGGCUGCUGAUGCUGGAGUGGCCCACAGUCCACCAUCGGUCCUUGUGUGGAAGAACCAAGGAAGCUGGGGCACUGGAGCCAACAUCCGCACUUACCUCGUGAACUCUGAUGGAGAGGAAGUGGCUGUGAGGAGCUUGACACAGUCCACUGUUCUGCGGGAGAAUGAGGAAGAAGACGAGGCAGAGUUUGGAGAGGAAGACCUCUUUCACCAGCAGGGGGAUCCCAGGACGACCUCCAGAGGAUGCAGAGUCAUGUGAAAGGAAACACCUUCAUUAACCAUUUUUCUUCUCUCCUUUUUUCUUUUUGCUCUUAUUUUUUUUGGGUUUUGUCCAGAGCCACUGAGAACUAUUUUUAUAUGUCUCAUAGGUUUUUUUUUUUAAAAAAAAGCAGAAUUGAUUCUGUGGUCUUAAUUUUAAAGGAAAUGUAAUUGGCCAGAACGGCCAUGGUCUCCUGAGAUCUUUUUCUCCUUUCCUUCCUCCCCCCCCCCCCCGCUCCCCCGGUGCUACGUGAUUUUCCAUUUUUUAAAACAUUCACAUUUUUCCUAGAAGAGAAAAAAAGACCCGUGAGCACAUGCUGAUGCUGUCGCCCCUUGACCCUGAAAUGGCUUCAGAAUCUUCAGCAGUGAAUGGACACUUCACUACCCCCUGUCCCCAUUUGAAGGUCCAUCAAUAAUAGCAGGUCUUUCGCUAUGUCAGGCUACGUAUACCCAAAGUAUGUAGCGUAAUCAGGGACUUGUGACGGAUCGGAUCAGGAUCCGUCUGUCCUGGCAUUCCAUCUCUCUAGCUGUGGCCAGCCAGGUGCUUUGGAGAAGGGACUGACAGCAACUCUGCAUAGGCUAAUGCUGCAGAAGUGAAGUUAAGCAGGUGGGCCUCCCUCACUGAGGCGCUUGCUCUUGUUGGUGCCCUUGUCCUGCAAGGUGCAAUGCUGAUUUAAGAUGACAUAGUUCUUUAACAGAUAAAUCGGAUACCCGUGUCUUACCAGAAGGAAGUAUCACUUAUAUGUCUAGCUCUGGCCUGAAUAGAUUAAUCUGUUGAAUAACUGCUGCACCUUAUCAGUCUUGCAGCUUGCAUCAUUCUAGGUGGCUUUUCCCUCCCUCCCCCCCAUCUACUUUUGACCAUCACAUUCUUCCGCAGCUGCAUGUGCCACGGGUGGGCGAAACAGCAGAGGAAUGAAUGGGGAAGCACCGUGUCCCAUGCUUGUAACUUUGCCCCCUGCCCCCCCCCCCACAUACCAGUGCAGCUCUGCACUUUGGCAGGGUUACCUGGCUGAGAUGGAGAAUCUUGGCUGCAGAGCUUCUUUUUGUUGCAGUAGAUUUUAAUCUGGAAGCACUACAUAGCGACCCUCCGGCAAACUUUAUGCUGCACUUCAAGCAGGUGUUCCCUGAUUGGACAUAGAUCCAGCGUCUCAAAAAUUGUGCACCAAAGUCAGCAUUGACACUCGUUUGACACCUACAUGCGGAGUUCUGAAAUGCUCUUUUGUGUUAAAUGGGAUAUGGGAACUUCCCUCCGGGCAGGUCCUUGCCGCGGCUCCUGAACGCAGCUGGGGAAUAAUAAGCUUUUAUACCUGUUUGUAAAAUGCCGUGCAUCAUCUUAGCUGCACUGUUUACAACAAAGAAAGGAAAGGCAAAGCAGGCUUUUGAAACCUAAUGGAGUGACUCGCAGAAAGAUAGGGGGAAGACUAUUGAAAGAGAAUCCUGUGUUGAAAUUCAGUUUGCCAACCCUGACACCUGGCCUUUUUUAGUUGAAAAUCUGAGUCCAUCAGUAAUACACUGAAGUUUAAGUUAAUCCCCUCCAAAUGUGAAUCCUGCCCAUUCUAAUGGGGAAGAUUUUGAAACUCUGAUUCCUGCUUGCAAAUGUGAAAUCUGAGUAGUUGCGCAUUCUCCAAUUAAAUUUUAAUUUGUUUUUACAGUUCUUCAGUGGGCAGUAAGAUCUAAGUUUUGUGUGCGGCAUUGUCCCUCCUCUUUUUGGACACUGGUGUUAAAACUCACUCAGGGCUGCUUCUGGCUGCUACUGUUUUUUUCAGAUUUUUGUGCAAAUGUCAUGGUUUGUGAAGCGUGCUUCACACAUGUGUACAUCUCUCAUUGCCCAACACCGCAUAAUUUAGUAGAGCUCGGUUGCCUCCACAGAACACCAUGAUGGUGGUGCGUCAUAUCUGUGCUGAUUGUUUCCAGACAUGAAAGUCAUCCUUUGAUUUUUGCAAUCAGGUGACCCUGAGAGAAGCUUGUAACAUAUUUCCAGAGAGCUUCACCUUGCGUUAAUGGGGGCAAGUAGGGAUGUAAGCAGACUGGAGGCAGUGGCUCUUGUUUUGUGGUGACGUCAAAGGGACAUCUUCUGCCCCAUUCAUUUGACCCCUGUGUGAUGCUGAGCACACCCCUCUUGUGGCACAGGGACGGCUCUGGCUUGCUUCACAGUGUGGCUGGGGGCGGGGACAGGGUGGUGGUGGUUGGAUAUAUUGCGAUACUAGAAUAUUUAGACUGACUGAAAAUAACCAGCUACUUCUGAUGGCUUUUGCGCAGUGCAAGCUGGGUGGGAACUACUGUGGCUUGGAAACACAAUGUCAACCUUCCUGUUUUAAAAGAAAAAUCAAAGGUGCUAAUUUCCGCAAAUGUUUCAAUGCUGCCUGGUGGAUUGAUGAUUACCAAUGUUGAAUUACUGUAAAAGUGUUUAGGUUUAGAGAUCGAUGAGUUUUUUUUUAUUUGAGCCAUUUGUGCACAAGCCCUGGAACAAAAACAGAGAGACAGAGUAACUGAGAGACAGAGUAACUUCUGUCUCUCCCUUCUUAUGUAAUCUUCCCACUCAGCUGGAAUAGUUGGCUGAAUAUGUAGUUGAUCAUGCUUAUCCUUUGACUUAAAAUUGUGUUUCUCAGGCAUACCAGAAACGGCUUAGCUUACAUCUUUACAACCUGCCGGGAGGGGGCGGGGGGAGCUGCUUUCCCUUUUUUUGUUUCCGGAGGCAGCCUGCCUCCCUCUCCAAGCCCCACACAUCUCCUGUGAGAUUUGUGGAGGCUUGAAUUCCUUGAUUCUGGCCAGUCAUUCCCAUAUUCCUGUGAAUUUUUUUUUUAUUGUCCUGAAGAUGUGAAUGUGCAGUUCGGUGCAAACAUACUACUUAAAAUAGGCCGAGUUCAGCAGGCAGCUGAGCAAGUGCAGUCUGAGCCGUUCCCCACCCUCAAACAGACGCCUCCAAGGCACUCAGCUCUGUUCUGUAGACCCCCCACCCCACCCCGAGCCACAAUCUUGCCCAUCUCCAUCACUGUGUACAGAUCUCUGCAGACUCCAGCUAUUGCCUGCCUGCUUUGUGUAUAUUCAAGUUCAGGGAAGAGGAUCUCUGGAGGGACGCAGAUACAGCAAUUUAAAAAUUUGCUGCCACUUUUCAAAACUUAGUUCCGAAUACUUCAGUUCUCUGGUUACCGACCCUGCAGGAAUCAUUGCCUGAAAAAGAGAGAACUACCAUUUGUUAGUCUCCGAAUGCUUCUCCCUCCGGUGCUCUUGUGCAGUUCCGCUGCUUACCACUAGGAGUAGCCAUUCCAAAGUUUUGUCUGUGACUUGCCACAGGCAAGAAUUACCAUUGUGCCCAAAUCAAGUCCAAAGAUAUAAAAAUCACGACUUGUCUAGCUACAGGGUGACAUCAGCCCCUGGAAUUCUGUCCUUGUAGAGUCCCCCCCC